AUGACCCAGGCGGAGAAGGGAGAGCCGGAGAACGGGAAGGAGAAAGAAAAGGAGCAGCGAGGGGUGAAGAGACCCAUCGUACCUGCCGCCAUUCCCGAGCCCCUGCAGGAGCAUAUUCAGAGUGACUAUGUGGUGGUGAUACACCCUGGCUCUAGUAUACUGCGCAUCGGCAGAGCAACAGACACCCACCCAGCAGGGUAUACCCCAUGUCAUCGCUCGCAGGCACAAACAGCCAGGGACAACCUACCCACUGUGACAAGUGGCUGCUCAGAGACGGCCUGUAUAAACCUGAAAGCAACGAGCAGAGACAAAUGGUCUCAAAAUGGUGGAUCAAGCCAUCUGGUCCAAAAAGAUGUCCAAUGGCACAAGACGUAUCCCUGUGGUACCAGAGCAGGCACGUGCUUACAAUAAACAGAUGAGACCGGCGAUAUUGGACCACAACUCUGAUGUUGCAUGGACAAGCACAUCACAUAGACCUGAAUAUCUUGUGGGUGAAGAGGCAUUAUUUGUGAAUCCAGCAGAAGGCUACAAUAUUCACUUUCCCAUUCGAAAGGGCCAACUUAAUGUUCACACUGGACCAGGGGGCUCGCUAACAGCUGUCCUGACAGAUCUGGAAACCAUUUGGUCGCAUGUCCUACAGAAAAUCUUAGAAAUUCAGUUAAAGGACCUAAAGUUUUACAGAUGUAUAUUACUUAUCCCAGACAUCUAUAACAGACAGCAUGUGAAAGAGAUGGUUAAUAUGGUCCUCGUAAAGAUGGGCUUUUCAGGUGUUAUAGUUCUUCAGGAAUCUGUGUGUGCAGUGUAUGGGAGUGGCUUGAGUAGCGCCUGUGUUGUUGAUAUCGGGGAUCAGAAGACCAGUGUCUGUUGUGUGGAGGAUGGAAUAUCACAUAGAAACACCAGAUUGUGUCUAGCAUAUGGUGGAUCAGAUGUUACCCGCUGCUUCUUCUGGCUCAUGCAGAGAGCUGGAUUCCCAUACCGGGAGUGCCAGCUAACUAACUUACUUGACAGCCUUCUUCUGCAGCAACUUAAAGAGACUUUCACACAUCUGGACCAGGAUAUCUGUGGACUGCAGGAUCACGAGUUUCAGGUCAGACGCCCCGAUGCUCCAGCCCUCUUGUAUCAAUUGAGACUCGGAGAUGAAAAACUUCAGGCCCCAAUGGCUCUGUUUUAUCCAGCCACAUUUGGAAUCUCUGGCCAGAAAAUGACCUGUCUGCAACAUCGAUCACCAGGAGACCCAGAAGAUCCUCAUGAUGAACAUUACCUGGUGGCUACACAAAGCAAACAGGACCAGUCUUCGAAGGCAGCUGCAGAACGCAAAGCCAUACCCAAGCCUGGGAUGUUUGAAGAUGCUCGAGGCCAAGCCAUGGAUAUCUCUGGGCACAUGCUGGAGUCAGAGCUGGGACCAUCUCAUAGUGAUUGUAUGGGGCCCGGAAAUGAUGGAGAGGAGUCUGCAGCCACCUUGUUCUCCAGGAAAAGCAUGGUGUCACAGUUUGAAGGAAAAGCUCUAGGGCUGGAUAAAGCAAUUCUUCAUAGUAUUGACUGUUGUUCUUCAGAUGACACCAAAAAGAAGAUGUACAGCUCCAUCUUGGUGGUGGGAGGAGGGCUAAUGUUUCACAAGGCCCAGCAGUUUUUGCAGCACCGAAUACUCAACAAGAUGCCCCCAUCCUUUAGAAGAGUUGUGGAAAAUGUAGAGGUCAUCACCAGACCAAAGGACAUGGACCCUCGGCUGAUUGCUUGGAAAGGGGGAGCAGUCCUUGCCUGUCUGGAUACCACUCAGGAGUUGUGGAUAUACCACAGGGAAUGGCAAAGGUUUGGAGUGCGCAUGCUGCGGGAGAGAGCUGCCUUUGUCUGGUGA